GAUAUUUUCAUCUCUUGGUUGGUAUUUUUUUCCCAAAAACCCUAAAAAACCAAAAGAAACCUGAGACUCAGAGAUGAUGAAAGAGAAACUUCCAUUACAGCAGCUUUUCAAAUAUUCAACCUUCGUCUCGGGAUUUUCAAGACUUUUUUGACCGUUAAACUUCUCGGCUUACUUUCAUUAUUGUCAAACUCUGUAGUCAUUGGAUUUGUUGACUUCUCAAAAACUGGUGAGUUUAAGAACUAUUAGUUGUAACAUGGAUUCGCGUGAUGAUGGGACAAGUGCUAAUGUUAGAGAGGGUGAGAAUUUGGAGGUUGAGUUUCUUGAGGAUUUUGAUUCAUAUCUUGAAGAUAUUAAGGAUAGGUUGACCAUUUCAAGGAUGGUGAGUGACUCUGUCAUCAGGGCCAUGGUCAACGCCGUUGAGCAGGAAGCUUCUGAGAAGAUUGCUCAGAAAGACUUGGAAAUUGCUAGCCAGAAAAUUUUAAAUCAUUAUAAAGUGCAUCCAGAUGAAAAUGGUUCUUUAGGGUAUCAAGUGAUGCGGAAAGAGUCAUUUUCAAGCUUUUCAGAAGUUCUGCAAGAGCAUGGCAGUAUAAGAAUAUCUUUAAGCUGUCUUAAAAAUGUAUAUAAAGAGCACUUUAAGAUGCUAAGGAAAGAAGUUGACAAGAUCAAAGCAUCUAGUUCCAUGAGGAGGAUUAAUUCAGGUUCUGAGUUGGUGGGACUGGGUGGUAUUUUAGAAGAAAAUGUAUCCAAAACAUGGAUAAACAUUGACAAAACAUUUGAUAGUUUAAAGAACACAGUAGACACUUCAUUCAAGCAUAUGGAUGAUAUGGUACGCUUGUCUGAUUCAUCUCUUUGGCAGUGGCAUCUGGAGCGUGAAUUUCAAGAAGAGAUUGAGGAUAUGGUGAUAAGAAAUUGUAUUAGGAGUCUUAAAGAAGAGUUUGAAAGAAAUUUAUGGGAACAAAAUGCCCAAUUACACUGUAACAAAAGUUUAAAUUGGCUUGAGAAGAUGAAAGAAAUCUCAGGUUUGCGACAGGAGUUGGAUGCAAUUUCGAAGUCACUCUCUGUUCCUGAAAUUGGGCAGUCAACUUCUCUUGGAACAGAUCAUUUUCACUGCAAGGUUUCAGGCAAUCAUCUUCUGUCCUCAUCACUUUGGGAGGGGAAUGGAAAACAUGAAGAGUCACUAAUCACUAUUCCAGAGAAUCUGGACGUUGCCCAAUUAAAGCAUAUGACAAAGGAUGAAUUAGUGAAUUACUUUAAGAUUGAGAUGGGUAAAAUGAAGAGAGACCAUGACUAUAUGAUUCAUGAGAUGACUGAAGAUUAUUUUAGCCUCAAAAGAGAAUACUUGAGGGAAAGGAGUUCUUCGUGGCCUUUGAGGAAGGAUAAGGAGUUUGAUACGUUGAGGAAAAUGAUUCCAGAUAUCAUUUUGAAAUUGGACAACAUUCUUGUAGAAAAUGAGAAAAAUCCUGCCUAUAGCAACAAUUCUGAGAGCCUUGAUACUUUGAAGAACAGAUUAAAUUCCCUUCUUUCAGAGAAUCACCAAUUAAGGGACUUGCUUACGGACAAGAAGAAGGAAGUAAACCGCCUUUUGUCACAAGUUUCUGAUGCUGCAGAGAAGAUCUCACAACAAUCUUUGGCGGAGCAAGGUUUUUCGGAGGUGAUCAGAAAUCUUGAAUGUGCUGUUGAAGAUGCACAUAUUGAAGCUUCUAUGAAUAGCGAUGUCUAUAACUGCCUUCUCAGAGAGUUGAUGGCCCAGGUUCAAUGCAUCACCAAGUCAGAUAUGAAACAAGAUAUUAUUCAAGAAGUUUAUCCAAUUCUGUUAAGAGAAGCUGCUUCCGAAGCUGCACAAACAAGCAAAUGCCACUGUGAAGAUUCAAAUAUUGAAUUGCUUAUUAUGCAAGAUUUAUAUGGAGUCAUAUUCAGAGAAGCCAUCAGAGAAGCUGAAGACAAGCUCAGCGACAUGAACACAAAAUAUGUUGCUGAAAAGGAUAGUCGAAUUGCACUUGGAACUAAUUUAUUGGAAAGAGAAAGAGUGCUAAGAUUGGAGGUGGCCGAGAAGGAAAGAUUGAAGCAGGAGAUACUCUUGUUGGAAGCUUUGCAUGAAGAAAGAGAGAAGUUAUUGCAGCAAUCUGAGGAUGCAUUGGCUAAUGAAAGAAAGAAAUUUGUCUUAGCAUCUCAGGAAUUAAACAAUUUAUCAGAUCAGUUAAAUCAGCAACAGAAAGAGAUGCUGGAGAGCUGUGAAAAAUCAGAGGUUCUGAAGAGUGAUUUAGAUGAAUCGAUGAAGCAAAUUGAGCUAUAUAAGUUGGAAAUAAACAAGUUAAGUCAUAAGCUUGAACUGACAAUGAAAGAGUUGACUGAAACCAAUGAUGAGAAGAGUAUGCUUCUUGCUGUGAACCGAGAAAAGCAGAACUCUUUGUUAAAGGUUGAAGCAAAAGAUAAAGAACAUAGAAAGCAAAUGAAAUCAGUGGUUGUUCUUGUUGAGGGAUUAUUGAAAGAAGUGGCUGAUUUUGAAUGUAGGAUAGCAGAAAAUAUAACUCAGAACAAUUUGAGGUUGAAAAGUUUGAAUUUUCUAUUCAAUUCUCUUAUUGAGAAAGUUGAUUUAAUCAAAACAAAGGAAUCAAUGUACAAGCAGAGGCUUGAAAGGAGAUGUUCGGACCUUCAUAAGGCUGAAACUGAGGUUGAUCUUUUGGGUGAUGAGGUGGAUACACUUUUGAGUCUGCUGGAGAAGAUAUAUAUUGCACUUGACCACUACUCCCCUAUAUUGCAACAUUAUCCUGGAAUUAUUGAGAUCUUGAAGCUUGUUAGAAGGGAAUUGACUGGGGGUCUACUAGUCUGAUUGACUUUAUCUUGGGCGAGACUAAAAGCUAGUCCCACAUAAAGCUUCUGGAAUCACAUCUUGGUCUCUGAAAUCCUGGUCAAGUUAUUAUUUUAUUGUUUUUACCGAUGAUACCUCACAGCUCAUUUUUGGUCCUGACAACCCGUUAAACAGAGCAAGAUGAAGAAGAAAAGUUUGCAGAGGCAACAACCUGCAGUAACUUGUUUUUGGUAGGUGUCUUCAGUUGGAGAGUAUUGGUGGGACACUUCAGAUUGAUUCAUAUUCUUAAUUUUGGGCGCUGAGACGACUUAACGUUUUUCUUUUCGAGUGUAGGUAUAUAGUCUGUACUUAAGCAGAGUCUACCACAAUUAGCUCUUUUUGUAUUUACCAGUUUCUUCUUCUACCAAUUUGCUCCCCCCAUUUUUUCUUCUUCAUAUAAUAUAAUUAGGCUAUACAUGUAACGUAUGGGUGUUCCUGUUCCACGGCUUAAUGAAUGAAGAAAAUUUCUUAAUGA